AUGGGCUCUGUGCUGUUGCCAAAAUCAUCUUCCUCCGAUUUUUUCGACACAGACCAAGUAACGUGGGUUUCCUCUAACCUGUUGUACCCACCGGCUGAAAGAGGAGCGAAUUGGCUCUGUAUAUUUGGAGUGACUGCAUGGAAGCUAUGGAAAUGGAGGAAUGAGUUCAUUUUUCAAGGAACAAGGCGAACAGGGAUCGAAGGGGUGCAAGAAAUAUCGACCUAUGUCGAGGGACUGGAAAGACUCGUUGCGAAUGAUAGGAAACUUGGGGGGUUGGGCCAGUUGCGAAUGGAACGGUGGAUACGGUGGGAGAAACCUCCGGAGGGGUGGGUGAAAGUUAACUCCGACGGCUCUUUUAGUCCGCAGACGGGGCUUGGGACAGCGGGUGGACUCAUAAGAGAUGAGCAUGGGAGUUGGAAAGGGGGAUUUACAGUGAAACUUGGGGCUUGCUCGAUUAUGGCGGCGGAAUUAUGGGGCUUAUAUAGAGGUCUCGCGUUGGCCUGGGACUUAGGGUUCCGGCAAGUAGAAGCGGAAGUAGAUAAUAAAAGUGUAGUGAAAUUUACUAGGUGUUCGGAGAUUGAUCCGGGGCCGACCACUUGGCUUCCUUCGCAGCGGAUGGAGAGAUGGGAUAUCAAGUCCUACAUGAUCCGCCGGAUGGGGUUCGUCAGUGGCUCCAUCAUGACCUUCUUGGCGUAG